GUCCCAGCAGAGGCGUAUACAAACGGCUCUCAGCUAGCUAGUUCUCCUCGCUCAUCAGCUCAGAGAAAAAUAGCACUCUCAUGGCGAGCAAAGAGGAGGUGAACCAACUAGAGCUCUUCGGGUUUUGGGUUAGCCCAUAUGUGCUCAGAGUUGAGUGGGCACUGAAACUCAAGAGUCUUGAUUAUGUCUAUACAGAACAAGACAUCUUUAACAAGAGCUCUUUGCUUCUUCAAUUAAAUCCUGUCCAUAAGAAAGUCCCUGUGCUUGUUCACGACCAAAAAGUAAUCGCUGAGUCCCUCGUCAUUCUUGAGUACAUCGACGAGACAUGGAAGCACAAGUACCCAUUAUUGCCUCAAGAUCCUUAUGAAAGAGCCCAGGCUCGGUUCUGGGCUAAAUUUGCAGAACAGAAGAUUUUGGAAGCUGCAUGGAAUGCCCUGUGCUCCUUGGGUGAUGAAAAAGAAAGAGCAAUACAAUUGACCAUUGAAGCGCUGCAACACAUAGAGGGAGAGCUAAAAGGGAAGCAAUUCUUUGGAGGAGAACGAAUUGGGUAUCUGGACAUUGCCGCAGGAUGGAUCUCUUACUGGUUGCCUGUCUGGGAAGAAGUUGGGUCUAUGAAGAUCGUAGACACCCAGCAAUUUCCAGCGAUUUCUUCUUGGAUGCAUAGGUUUAUCAAUCAUCCUGUGAUCAAGGACAAUUUGCCUCCGCGGGAUAAGAUGACCGUUUACUUCAACAGUCGCCGUGAAGUACUAACUUCUCAGCCUCAUGGGUGGAUUCGGAUUUAAUAUCUUGAUACGCCAUUAGAACAUGUAUGUUAAUCCUCUGCUUUAGAAUAAUGACAAUAAUGAAUCUGGUCCCCAGUGGUGUGGCCCAGAUCAAUUAAUUA